AUGUCCGCAGACGAGGCCGAUAAACAACCGGUGGUCGAGCAACCGGAGCACGAGGUCAUUGCGCCCACUGCUCCUGCAGUGGAGGCCGACGCGGAUCCAGCGCCAAAACCUACGACUGCCGAUGAGGCAGAGGCAGCGCAACCCAACGUGGCCGCUUCAACCGACGCCAACGGAUCAGCACCAUCAUCCUCUUCAGACAACAAGCAGUUGCCUGCGUCUCCUGUCGAGGCUGAAGCUGAAGAUAUCCCUCCAUCUCCCCCGCCUUACGACGACCCUCCCCCUGUUCCUCUCCGCGACGAACCCGCCCCACCUCCCUCAUCCGAGGUGUCCUCUGCCCCUCCUCCCCCCGUCGAGGACUCCACCUCCCCCCUUCCUCCUCCAUCUACCGAGGAAUCCGCAGACACCGCGGCGCCGGCAGACAUGGACGUACCACCGCCCCUACCGCCUAAAGCAAUGAGCCCCGAGAAGCCCUCCGUCCCACUGGGUAUGUCGAUCGGAAGCGCGCCAGUAGAGUCGGCGCUCGAGCGGGUGCCGUCUCGUUCGGGAGCAGCCACGCCGCUGGCCACGAUCACCGAGGGCGCGGUAUCUCCUCAUCCGGAGCAUGGGACGCCGACGCACGCGGCGUCAGGCAGCGUGUCGAGCGCGCACUCGCGCGCGCCGUCCGUGUCGACACUGUCGAGACCACCCUCUGCGGCGCCGAGUUCGGGCGGUCUGGGUCACACGAGACGCACGUCGACGGGCACCUCGAUCUCGCUCGCGACGCGUCCAGGUUCCGGUCCUGCGCCGCAGCUCUCGACGAUUCUCAUCAUGCCGCCGCUCAAAAUACUCGUGUCCAGCAAGGAGGCCAAGAAGUCGCCACACUUCCUUAAGGCGGCCCAGCGCGCCCUGGACCUCUGCCAGGACAGUGACACGGCAUACCUGCACCCGCGUGAGAUCUUUGAGCCUCUCCGUCUGGCGAUCUCAAACCCCACUCACACGAGUGUGCCGACGCUUGUGACCAGCCUCGACCUUCUGUCCAAGCUUAUUUCACACUCGUUCUUCUCCGAGCCCAACGGCCCGCCUGAGGGCAUGUCACCCCUCCCAGACCUCAUCACUCACACGAUCACACUGUGCUACAGCGAGUCCUCGCCAGCCAACGUCGCGCUCCAGGUCGUCAAGGCGCUCAUGGCGAUCGUGCUCAGCACCGACCCUGGCAUGCUCGUCCACCAGAGCAGUCUCUUAAAGGCCGUCAGAACCGUGUACAACGUCUUCGUGUUGAGCAACGACACGAACAACCAGGUCAUUGCGCAGGGCGGGCUCACACAGAUGGUUCACCAUGUGUUCAGCCGCGUUGUGCGACCCGAUCGCAACAACCGCUACAGUGUCAUGACAGUGAACGGGAUGGGUAUUCGCACGCCCACGAUGGAGGGGAGUACGCCAGCGUCACCGCGCCCCGAGGGCCAGCGCAUGACGGUCGAAAGCUUCUCGGCACCCAACCCCAACGACUCGGUGGCGGCAGGGCCCGCGCAUCUCGCUGACGACGCAAACGUCAGCGAGAGUGCACAAGCGGCCGCUCACAACGCUGUGUCAAUCCAUGUGCCGAACGGCGAUGCGCUCGACAUCCCCGAGAACGCGCACAGGAACGGCGACGACGCAGACAACUUGGACGCCGAGGGGCGGCCGAUCCCCACCGAUGAGCUGUUUGUCAAGGACGCGUUCCUCGUGUUCCGGGCUCUGUGCAAGCUCAGCAUGAAAGCGCUCGUUAUCGACAGCGAGCUCGACCUGCGGUCAGACGCGAUGCGCUCCAAGCUCCUCUCGCUGCACCUCAUCCUCACCAUCCUCAAGUCUCACUCGGACCUGUUCACCAACCCCACCAUCACGAUCCCAUCCAGCUCGACAACCGAGCAUACUCCCUUCCUCCAAGCCACUAAGCAGUACCUGUGCCAGAGCCUGUCGCGCAAUGCGGUCAGCCCCGUUGUCUAUGUGUUUGAGCUCAGCACGGAGAUCUUCUGGUGCGUCCUCAAGGACAUGCGCGCGCCGCUUAAGAAGGAGGUCGAGGUGCUGUUGAGAGAAAUCUUCAUCCCCAUCCUCGAGAUGCGCCACUCGACUAUCCGCCAGAAGUCGUUGAUCCUCGGCGUCUUCAUCCGCCUCUUUAACGACCCUCAAGCCCUCGUCGAAAUUUACCUCAACUACGAUUGCGACCGCGCAGCACCGGAGAACAUUUACGAGAAGCUCAUGAACACGGUUUCCAAGAUCGGCCAGACGCACUUUGCGCCGCCCAGUAAGGAGGAGCUGCAUGCCAGUUCUUCCAAGCAGGCGUCUGGUGGACACGGCCCCGCCAUCCCGCCAUCGUUGAGUACGACUGCACUCGGCCACGAGCCGCCGCAGUACGCUGGCCUGUCACCCGAGAUCAAGCUGCGCCGCCAGUCGCUCGAAUGUCUCGUCGCUGCGCUCAAGUCGCUCGCGACGUGGUCGAGUGGCAACCCGGGCAGGCCAGAAGACCCGAAUGCGCCGCGCUCGAGUGAAGACCUCGACCGGCCGCGGUCGGGCGGGCCUAACGAGCUUGCAGCGCCCACCCCAACACCGCGUGAGGUUGGGAGCCCGAACCCCGAGCUUGUGGAGAAUGAUGACGUGUCCAAGCUCGAGAGCGAGAAGCAGCGCAAGACGAUGCUGAUGGACGGCGUCAAGAAGUUCAAUUUCAAGCCGAAGCGCGGCAUCGAGUACCUCAUCCAGCAUGGGUUCAUCCGCAGCCGCCAGCCGUUGGACAUUGCGCGGUUCUUACUCACCAACGAGCACCUCAGCAAGGCCAUGAUCGGCGAGUACCUCGGCGAGGGUGACGAUGACCACGUGGCCACCAUGCACGCGUUCGUCGACAUGCUCAACUUUACCGGCAUGCUCUUCACAGACGCGCUGCGCAUGUACCUCCAGACUUUCCGUCUGCCGGGCGAGUCGCAGAAGAUCGACCGCUUUAUGCUCAAGUUUGCUGAGCGGUACAUGCACCAGAACCCGGACUCGGUGUUUGCCAACGCCGACGCGGCGUACAUCCUCUCGUUCUCGGUCAUCAUGCUGAACACGGACCAGCACAACAAGAACUACAAGCAGAAGCGCAUGACCAAGCCCGAAUUUGUCAAGAACAACCGCGGGAUCAACGAUGGCGGCGACCUACCCGAGGACUUUUUGGAGAAGAUCUACGACGAAAUCCAGAACAACGAGAUCCGGAUGAAGGACGAGGUCGAGGCCACGCUUGCGGGCCCCGCAGGGCCGACGCUCGGGCGCGACCUGCAGCGCGAGGCGUUCCUGGCCCAGUCUGAGAACAUGGCGAGCAAGACCGAGGCGUUGCUCAAACAUAUGGCGCGCUCGAACCGCCGCGGCGCGCGCGACCAUUACUACGCCGCUUCUCGCAUCGAACACGUUCGCUUCAUGUUCGAGGUCGCGUGGAUGCCCUUUCUGGCGGGCAUCUCCGCGCAGCUGCAGGAGACGGACGACAUGGACUCGGUCGAGCUGUGUCUCGAUGGCCUGCGGGCCGCUAUCCGCAUUGUCUGUCUGUUCGACAUGGAGCUCGAGCGCAACGCGUUCGUGACGACGCUUGCCAAGUUUACGUUCCUGAACAACCUCGCCGAGAUGAAGCCGAAGAACAUGGAGGCGAUCAAGACUCUGCUCGACAUUGCCGUCACCGACGGCAACAACUUGAAGGCGAGCUGGAAGGACGUACUGACUUGCGUGUCGCAGCUCGAGCGCAUGCAGCUUAUCUCGAGCGGCAUGGACGUGCCCGACCUGAACCGCCGCGCGUCGACGUCGAGUCGCCGCUCCACCACCAGCAGGACGUCUGGCAAGCGCCGCGGCGCGGCCCCGGCUGACGAGCUCGCCGAGGAGUCGCGCUCGUCGCAGGUCACUGUUGCAGCCGACCGCGUGUUUGCACUGAGCAAGAACCUCUCCGGAUCCGCCAUCGUCGACUUUGUCAAGGCGCUCAGCGAGGUGUCGUGGGAGGAGAUCCAGUCGACUGGCGCCUCGAACCGCCCGCGCAUGUUCUCGCUGCAGAAGCUCGUCGAGAUCUCGUACUACAACAUGGGCCGUAUUCGUCUCGAGUGGUCGAACAUCUGGCUCAUCCUGGGUGAGCACUUCAACCAGGUGUGCUGCCACAACAACCCGAACGUGUCGUUCUUUGCGCUCGACGCGCUACGCCAGCUCUCGAUGAACUUCUUGCAGAAAGAGGAGCUUUCUCACUUCCGCUUCCAGAAGGACUUCCUCCGCCCGUUCGAGUACACGAUCGUUCACAACAUGAACUCGGAUGCGCGCGAGAUGGUCCUGCAGUGUCUGCAGCAGAUGAUCCAGGCCCGCGUGCAGAACCUGCGUUCGGGUUGGCGCACCAUGUUUGCCGUGUUCUCGGCGGCCUCCAAGGUCCUCACCGAGCGUGUCGCCAACUACGCCUUCGAGUUAGUCUCGCUCGUAUACCGUGAGCACUUCUCGCUCGUUGUGCGAUACGGCGCGUUUGCCGACCUCGCCAACUGCCUUACCGACUUCUGCAAGGUGUCCAAGUUCCAGAAGAUCUCGCUGCAGGCGAUCGACAUGGUGCGCGGCCUCGUGCCCAAGAUGCUCGAGAACCCCGAGUGCCUCCUGCCAGUACAAGUGCAGGGCGAGACACCCGCCGCAAUUGCGCCGAACGACGACCCAAUGCUCAAGUACUGGCUGCCAGUGCUGAACGCGUUCUUCGACAUUAUCAUGACGGGCGAGGACCUCGAGGUGCGCCGCGUCGCGCUCGACUGUCUCUUCGAGACGCUCAAGAAACACGGCAAGAACUUUAGCGUCGACUUCUGGAACAUUGUCUGCCAGCAGACACUGUUCCCAAUCUUUGCCGUGCUGCGCGCCAAGAGCCACGUCCGCUUCAGGAGCCCCGAGGACAUGAGCGUGUGGCUGAGCACGACGCUCAUCUCGGCUCUCCGCGACCUUAUCGACCUGUACACGUUCUACUUUGACAUUCUGCAGCGCUACCUCGACGGGCUGCUCGACAUUCUCGUGGCAUGCAUCUGCCAGGAGAACGACACGCUUGCGCGGAUCGGCACGAGCUGCUUCCAGCAGCUGCUCGAGAAUAACGUGACCAAGCUGAGCGCGGAGAACUGGGAGAUUAUUGUCACUGCGUUUGUUGCACUCUUCCGAACGACGACCGCGUACCAUCUCUUCGACGACCAGCUGCACGCCGAGGUCACCGCGCCCCAAGACUAUGUCGACGAGGACGCGCCGUUCCACAAGUUUGUCGCGCCUGCGCCGCUCGAGACUGUGACCGGGACUCCGGCACCGCUCCAGGGCCUCACAUACAAGGAGCAGCGGCGGAUCUUCAAGACGAUCAUCGUUAAGUGUGUCCUCCAGCUCCUCCUAAUCGAGACCACACAUGAACUUCUCCAAAACGACGACGUGUACAACACAAUCCCAGCCGAACACCUCCUACGCUUCAUGGGCGUGCUGGACGACAGCUGGCGCUUUGCCCGCCGAUUCAACGCCAACAAGGACCUCCGGAUGCGCCUCUGGAAGGUCGGCUUCAUGAAGCAGCUCCCGAACCUCCUGAAGCAGGAAUCCUCGGCCGCCGCAACACUCAUCAACGCCCUCUUGCGCAUGUACCGCGACCCGCGCGCAGCGCAUCAGGCGACUCGCGGGGGUGUGCUGGACCGCCUUGUGCCCCUCGCGACUGAGAUCACCCGUGACUUCAUCGCGAUCGAUGCCGACGCUCAGCCGCGCAACGUAGCAGCCUGGUCGCCGGUUGUAAGCGACAUUGUGCGCGGCGUCACCGACUUUGAGGACGGCGCAUUCAGGACCCACCUCCCCACGUUCUACCCUCUAGUCGCAGAUCUCCUGCUGCGCGACAGUGUGCCCGAGAUGCGGCUCGCCAUCCGCGGCUUCUUUCUGCGCGUCGGCGAGGUGCUCCCCCAUGUUGAGCAAGACAAGGCAUGA